AUGUUGGGUCCCAGGGCCAACGCUGAGACCACCAAGUUCAAAGUCCUGGAGUUUCUGGCCCAGAUCAACGGGAGUGACCCAAGAUCCUUCCCACACUGGUAUGAGGAGGCUUUGAGAGAGGAGGAGCAGAGAGCCCGGGCCAGAAUUAGCACCACAGAUGAUCCUAGUGCCAUGGCCAGUGCAGGCUCUUCUGCCAAGUCCAGUCGCUUCUUCUGCACUCAGUGA